AUAAGGGAUCUUUCAUCAAAUGAAGCUCUCUGAUCUUUGUUCGUUUCCUUCCUUCCUUCCCGCAUCAUACUCCCAGAUCCCACAGUUCCAGUUCUUUCGUUCCCUGUGAUGGAGAAUUCCGAGUAAACCAAAAUUUAAAAAAAAAAUGUGUGUAAAUGGUCCCUGUACAUCCUAGUUCCUGCAAAGCUGAUGUCAGUGGAUUUUUUUGAAGGGAACAACUUUGAAGAUUGGGAGUCUGAGUCUGCAUUGAACAUUAAUAUAGUGUAAUCUGAAUUGCGUGGUACAGAGACUUUCCAAGACUUUAUAUACUUGAUCUCGAUUAGGAGAGAGACGGAGAGAUAUUUUAGCUAUGUACUCUGAUAAUCUAAUUUCAGUUGGAUGACUUUAGAUUCUUGCAUUCUAGUUUUGAAUUUUUUAAAACUAUGGAAUCCUCGGGCUUCACCGUUUACCACUCCAUUUACAAUUCACGAGACGUAUGCUGGUAAUAAAAUAAUGUGACGGUUGAGGAAUCGAGCAUCUCUACUUUUAUAAUGGGUUUUUUUCUUUUUUUUAUUUACAUUCAUACGCACGUUGGAUUAUUGUCGUUUAUUAUAAUACAUGAUUUGUAAUUGAAGAAUUUACAGGCGUCUCUAACAGAGUGCUAGGGUCGUAUCGACGAAUAACUUUUCUAGUGGAGAUAGUUUCAAUAUAAAAUUUUAUGCGUGAUGAUAGAAAUUUUUUCCUUUUAUAUAUGUAUAUAAUUAUCUAUGGAGUCAAUUAUGAUUGUCUAUUAAGAGAACUCUCUCCCUUGACUCUGAAAGAAGGCAUCUAUCACGUUCUGCCUGUUUCCUUUCCUUAUUUAUAUUCGCUGCCUAGCAACAGUAAGCUGAAAUACAGGUGCUCACCGAGAGAGAAGAAAUGAAGAGCAUGAAAGGAGAGGUGUUACUGAACCUGCCCGCCCAGAAAGCAUGGCAGAUGUACAGAGACAAUGAUGUGGUUAGUAAAAUCAAUCCUGAGUUGCUUUCUCGAGCUGAAUAUGUUCAAGGAGAUGGUGGCCCUGGAACUCUUAGGCUCUUUAAGCUUGGCCCUGCUGUGAGCAGCUACGUGGAGGAAUCGGUGGAGAAGAUAGAGAAGGUAGAGACAGGUCGAUCAGUGAGCUACGAUGUGGUGGGAGGAGAGCUAAGGAAGAUGUAUGAUCCAUACAAAGUGACGUUCACAUUCACUCCUGUGGAAGGAAAAGAGAAAGAAAUGUGCACUGCUCAGUGGAAAGCCGAGUAUGAACCACUCACUCCGGCCAUCCCUCCACCGGACAAAGCAAGAGAUGCUGCUUUGCAAUUUCUCCAAUCCUUCGACAAGUUUCAACUCAGCUACUAACAAGUAAGCUCCCACUUCGUCUUCCUCCUCUUCUUCGUCUAUAUUUCAAAUCAGUAUUUGAAAAUAACUAUGGAAAGGGAAAAACAGUCUAUUCCCUCUCCCUGUCUUGUGAAAAAGGAGUUGGGUCAUGUCGUCAGUAUGUUGUGUGAGAGAGACUUUAUAGUUGUGAAUUUAGGUGCCAUCUGUGAAGGUAUAAUGUAUGUAUGUGGUGUUAUUGUGAAGAAAGUGCAGAUCCCGAUGGAGAAAGUCAAGAAUAAUAUAUUACGUAUCGUAAAUUUAUUUCGACUCUUCUGCACGAAAAAGUAUUAUAUUUUGCAUACGUAUUUGAAAGAGA